AUGUCACAUGAAGGGUUAUUUGGAAGAGAUUUAUUUCAAGAUGGCCCAUUUUUUAAUUAAAAUAGGUUCUCAGAGAGCGCUGGAGGUAUUGUGAAUCCCGGAGUUGGGCAUUUUGUUUCUUAAUCAUAUGUUAGCUAAACUAAAUUUGACAAUAAUGGAAGGCCUAUCUAAGAAAAGUACUAAAAUAGAGUAGCUGGUGCACUCGGAAACGGCAAUAGAAUUAUCGAGAGACAACAGAUGUAUGAUAACGGUGGAACUGGUCUAUAAAAAAUUUCUCAUGAAAGAAUGCUAAAUGACUAGGGAAGAAAGAUUGUCAAAGAAAGAGUUAAUGACUAAAUGAAUUCUUAUGACUAUUUUAAGAAUAUUACUGAGGACUAGACUCCUGAAUUCGAUCAUAAAUGGGAGGAUACUUCAAAAAAACUAGGUUUCAUAACUUCAACUUCCAAUAAUAGACUUGGUUAUGGUUCUUCUGCAGAAAAUACUGGUCUCUAUAAAAGGAUGAGAGAGACCCCAUUGAAUGCUAUAUCUUAUGAUGAUAAUAAAAGAGGAGUCUAUGUCAAUGACUAUUUGAGGGAUGAGAAUAUGCAAGUUAAUAUGAAUAGAGAGAAUAAUUAAAGAUCUUUUGAUUAGGCACAUACGCAACCAUUUAAUAGAUCUGGUAAUUAUAAUAACAGAUAGAUUCAAUUGAAUAAUACACCUCUAGGCUUAUAAAAUUUCUAGCCAUUAGCAUUAACAGAGGGAAGUAACUAAACAACAGUUAAUCAAAGAUUGCAAGCUAACUCUAGACCACUGAAUAACAAUAAUUUUAACAACACUUUAAUGCAAAAGGGACCUGCAAGAGCUUAUUGA